AUGGAAAUUAAUUACAAAGAGUUGUACUUUAAGAAGACUGAAGAAUGUAAAUUGAAUCACUGUUCUAAAGAGUCUGUUCAUAAAAAAGAGAAAGAAUUGAAAGAAAGAAUUGUUUUGAUAGAAAAGAAAUUAGAUGAAGCAAUAGAAAUGAUGACAAAGAAAGAUAAAUUGACAAAUGAAGAAACAAAAGAGUUUUCUGAGCAUAUAAACACAAUGAAAUUUGAAUUAAUAUCAAAGCAAGAGAAAGAAAAAUAUGAAACACAAAUAUUUCAAUUAAAAAACCAGUUUUUAAUAGAGAAAAAACAGAUGAUGGAAAAACAACAACAAUUAAUUCAACAAUUAUAUCAAUACCAAUGCAAAUGCACUGAACUUAUUAAAACAAGAAAACAGAAUCAAAACCAAUUGGAAGAACUUCAAUCCCAAAUAACACAAAUUAAAAUGAAUAAACAAGAAACAAGUGAAUCAGAAGAAAUGGGAGAAAAAUGGAGAAUAAGUGAAAAAAAACUUAAACUUCUUCAAAAUGAAAAUGACCAAUUACGUGUAAAGAAUCUAGAGUUGUUGUCACGAGAAUUUGAUUAUCAAACAAUUAUCAAUAAACUCAAAACAAAAAAGGAUGUCCCACAAACAGAAAGAAUAAAUGAAAAUGAUAUUAUUGUAGACCAUUUAAGAAAUGAAAUUAAAGAAAUUAAAGAAAAUUACCAACAACUUGAAGGAAUUUUUAAUAAAAAGACUAAACAAGUUAAAAAACUAAAAAGUGAAAAAGCAGUAUUACAAGAGUCUAUAGAUGUAUUAGAGAGUGAAAAUCGUCAAUUAAAAGAUCAAAUUGUCCAACUUCAAUCAUCACUCAAGAAAAUUCAAGAAGAGAAUGAAAAGAAUGAAAAGAUUAAAAGAAGAUUAAAAGAAAAAAUAUCAAUUCUAACUGAAACUCCUUGA